AUGAUGCUGGAUUCAGUAAGCCACAAUGCCUACCUGCCAAACACAAUGAUAUGUGAACCCUUGAUGUCUUGGUCAGAAUUCUUCGGAACAAUGGAAGAAAACUACAAUCCAUUUGAUCAUCAAAUAGGUUGUGAUUCCUCCUGGACAGCCAUUCACCCAGAAUACUGGACAAGACACAACGUCUUUGAAUGGCUACAGUUUUGCUGUGAUCAAUACAAACUGGAUGCCAACUGCAUUUCUUUUUCUCAUUUUAACAUAAAUGGGCAACAGCUGUGCUGCAUGACACAGGAGGAGUUUUUGAAUGCUGCAGGGGUUUGUGGUGAAUACCUGUACUUCAUCCUACAAAACAUAAAGGCCCAUGGUGUCUCCUUUUUUCAAGACAAUGAAGAUAUAAAAUCAUCUGAAAAUUACUAUAAUGAUAAGGCAUGUUUGAGAAAAGGCAGCAUCAAGAGUCAAGAAUUUCAAAGCCACAAUAGAACAAGCCUACAGAGCUCUCAUUUAUGGGAAUUUGUAAGAGACCUCCUCCUGUCUCCUGAAGAGAACUGUGGUAUCCUUGAAUGGGAAGACAGAGAUCAGGGAAUCUUUCGUGUCAUUAAAUCUGAUGCACUAGCAAAGAUGUGGGGGCAGAGGAAGAAAAAUGACAGAAUGACCUAUGAAAAACUAAGCAGAGCACUCCGGUAUUAUUACAAAACUGGAAUUUUGGAACGAGUGGACAGGCGGUUAGUGUACAAGUUUGGGAAGAAUGCACAUGGAUGGCAAGACAGCAAAUUAUGAAAUAUUGUUUACUUCAGACUCAUUUUCCAAUAUGCAACAUGAAGUCUCUGGUCACAGUAGAGGGAUCUUGUCUGCAGAACAUCCCUAGACUAAGAGGUGGCCACCUCUUCAAAAUAAGUGUAUAAAUUAACAUCAAUAGACUUUCUGGGUUGGAGAAUUCAGUAUUCUCUAUUUUUGGAUUUUACAUUCUUCAAUAAGUACCAUCACCUGCACAGCAAUUAUUAAAAUGGUAGACUACUCCAUUGGUCAUUCUCAUAGCUUGAAGUUAUGUAUGUAGCAAUCCCACAAUGCGAAGAAUGGCAGUUUGCCAUUAACAUUAAAUCAUAUAAUUUUAUCAUUGAUUUGAACUUCUAUGGGAUAUUGAAAAGUGUGUUCUUGGAUGCUGAACCAUAUUUGCCAUUUGGACAUGCAGGCACAUCCUGGUUUCCUGUAAGCAAUUUUUUCUUUUCUCUAUAUCCUAACUUGAUAUUCUAGCAUGUCUAAAAGUAAUUUCACACUUUGUGCAGCAACUGUGUUUGCCAUAACUAUUCUGUUAUUACAUCAGUGCUUCUUAUGGUAUGCAUAUGAAGUUCAUAUAUUCCAAAGACAUAUGGUUCAUUGAUCUGCCAAAAGAAUAUUCCACAGCUAGGCAGGGAUUUAAUGCAGGGGAAGCCAUGAUGAUCAUUAGACCAAAUCCAAACUCCAAAAUAUCUUAAGAGUUUAGCUAGGGAUUUGCAACUACCCCUCACAUGUUAUGAGUUUAUUGGCAGAAAGGAAAUAGCAGCAAAGUAGCUACGACAAAUACAGUAGCGCAAUUGCUCAGUAGCCAUUAUUUUUGGUAAUGAACAUGAUCUUUUCAAAAUAAAGAACACAAAAAAUCAUAAACCAAAAUCAAAGUUUUUCACAAUGACCUAUGACUUGAAAGAUUCAAAGAUUUGAAAGCAACUUAUGAGCAUCAUUUCAAUCUAUGUUUGAGACUGUGCUCUUAUAUUUACAGUGCUGUACCCAGUAACUAGGAAUUAAACUCAAUAGGGCUUGCUUCUGAACAUACAUGUAUAAAAAGGCACUGUAAGUUUAUCAGUGUUUAUUAUCAUCUUUUAUUCACUUGUGAUGCUCCCAUAACUAUUUGCACUUUAGUGCAAGUCUUUAGUACUUGUUCAAACAGGUUCUAUUCAGUCCAAAAGUAUCUGACCUCAUCAUGUCCUCUUAUAUUCAGUUUGGUGGAAUGAGUGAAAUAUACUUAAGUGGGAGUGGCAAAAUAGUUCAAAUAAACUCUAUUUUAAAAGGGAUAGUUUAUUUUACAUAUACCCACACCCUGUUGUUUUGGGGUGGGUAAAAUAUGUCUCAUAGGAUGCAUGUAGUGGCCCACCAAUUUUUCAUUUUUAUUUUUAUCCCUGACUCUUUCCUUAUACUCUUGUGCCCUCACCUCUAAAUUUGUUAUUUUCACAACCAACCACCCCAUCCUACCCUCUCCCCCCCCCCCAAAAAAAUUCUGCUGUUAGCUAGAGUGGCAGAUCACAUAUAACUACCUCCUGAAUAUGGCUGAAAUCCUAAGAAGUCAAAAACAGAAGUAGACUUCUAGUCCCUUCCGAAUGCUAUUUUGGGGCAAUUUUCAGCUAAAAAUGAGACACUUCAGCCUGCCAUAGGUCUCUGGCUGUAAAAAUUGUCAUUUGCCUCUCCAGUAGUUGUCCACAUUUAUACAAAACAUCUCUUUGUGAAUUCAAAAUAUUAUAUUUUAGUGGGUAAGUGGGAUUUUUUUUAAUCAAAAAGACUUUUAUAUUUAUAUGUUGGUGACACAUUUGUAGGACUCUGGUGGAAUGAGCAAGAAACAUAAAUCCAAUUGCCAGAAAGUGUAUCCUACUGAACUCAGUAAUACCUGCUUCUGAGUAUACCUAUAUUUAGCUGAAUACAAGAAUGACACUGAAGAUCUAUGAGCAGUAGUUGUUCCCCUUCCUGCCCUAAAUUAAAGCAAUAUAUUUGUACUAUUUCUUAAUAGAAAUUAAGUUUUUUGAAUUCGUUCACAUUACUUCUACCUCAGAUGGUGCUUAAACAGGUUUUAUUACAUCUUAACUCAUUUUUAAAAUAAAUGUGGCACCUUUUUCAUUACUUCUAUCCCUGGUGCAUCCUAAACAUAUUAGAUGAAAGUAAGAUACUGUACAUAAACCCAUUUCAUAGACUCUUAAAAUCAAACAUAUAUAUUUUGAAUUGUCCAGUUUGUUUUCAUUAACAAGACUCGGGCAGAGAAUAAAUUCUUUUAUUUGAACAGUUAAACACUGGGGUGCUGGGGAAGCUUUUUGUUGGGUGCCAAUUCAUGGUCCUUGCCCUUUGUUUUUUAAUAACCACAUUUCCUACCAUACCUGGCCAAAUUACCAGUGAACUCUAGCUUAUGCAAUGGUAGGCUACCCUGUGCCAAAAAGGCUGCAUCUGGAGUUAAUUCAUACGAGUUCUCCCUAUGCCUUUCUGGCAGGUGUCUCUGGCCUUCCUCCACUGAGCUGUUUAUUUUUAAUUCCAGAUAUGACUGUGCCAGCUCCCAACUCAAGACAGUUGCAUGGCUUGUAUUGGCAGACACAGGAUCUAGCUUUUGAUAUACCUACCACUAGAUCUGGGGUGUAUGUGUGGGUGUGUUAUAUUUUUGGACUGCAUCUUUUUUACUCUCCCAGCCAACAUAGGCACUAUUCAUGCUAGUGGGAGAUUCUGGGAACUGCAAUCCAAACACGUAAUUUUUCAGAGUUCUAGUUGCACAAUUGUAAACUUUUCAAAAGCAGCAUUUCUGGUUGCAGUGAAUGCAAUAGAUCAUGCAGUGAUACUUGAAUGCAGCUAAACAAUAGGCUUGCAGCUCCACGUACAAUCUUGGUCAAGUUGAUAGGUCUGAUUCCAUUCACUGACCAGGGCCCCUGGCUUUUAAAAAAAAACCCACUCAUCAUUCACCAGUUCCCAAUCCAUAUGCUACCCUGCAUAGGUGGAGUCUUUUAAAAAUAAUUUGUAAUUCAGGAUACUGCAAUUCAAAGACAAGAUGCAUCAAAAUUAUUUCCUGGAUUCUGGGCCCAAGUGUUAUCUAAUUUAACUUACAAUAAAGUAGCUAUGUGUCCACCUUUACAGAGGACUAUCCUGCCUUUGAAAAAAAUGCUAAAAGGACCAUCCUCUGUUUGAAGGGCUGUAUAGUCCCAUUUUCCUUUAAAGAUAAUAAAUCAUAAGGAAGGUGCCUCAGAGUUGUUUAUCAACAGUCAGAACAUAGACAGCAGACUGAGAAAAUGAACAUUUGAUCACAGUCUUCCUCGUAAGGUUGAGAUGUAUGGGAUUUCUAUUUAAAUUAUAAUGAUUAUUUCUAAUUUCACAGCUUUACCUAUAAAUUACUAUAUACAGCUCUACAUCUUCUUUCCCCCUCUUUUUGAUGAUGUGAUGAUGUGACUUUUUUGUUGAUGCAUGUGGCUGUCCUAACUACAAACUAUAGGAGAAGCGCUGAUCCAUUAUGUUCAGGCAUGUUUGGUUUGCAAUGUAUUCUCCUGGUGCUCUGUUUGUUUGUUUUUAAAGACAACUUUGCCCUCUUGGAAUUGACUGAAAUUGCACUAGUAUUUUCUGAAACAGCACAGUCUUUUCAUUUAUUCUAUGCAACAAACAGUUUACCACAUGAAACGCAAGAGGGCUUUUUUCAUCAUGAACUGUGAACAGUCUGCAUUUUUCUGAAGGAACAAAGAAGGACAGAUUCUAUAGAAAAUUAUUAUGUAGAAUGGGUGUGAUGUUUUAUUAUGUAUGCUUGCUAACAAUAUGAAUUCAUGUACAUUUUAUUUUAUUUUUUGAUGCUCUGUACUUUGUAAACAAUAUAUAUAUAUAAAAUAUUUAAUUAUCA